AUGGGUCUCAAGCAGGAACAAGUCAACUCUGCCGACAUGGCUCGUUCCGGCGAGGAGAGCGAAUUUGGCUCAGCCGAUGAGUUGCUGGGAACUCUAGGCUACACACCAGAACUUUCACGAAACCGAUCGACACUCCAGGUUGCUUUCAUGUCGUUUGUGCUUGCUGCAAUUCCUUAUGGACUGGCAACAACCAUGUACUAUCCUCUCAAUGGUGGUGGUCCCGUCGACAUUAUCUGGGGUUGGCUGGGCGUCUCCCUCAUCAUCAUCUGCGUGGCCGUUUCGCUUGGAGAAAUUACCUCUGUAUACCCGACAGCUGGAGGCGUCUAUUAUCAGACGUGGAUGCUGGCACCACCGGCCUGGCGUAAUCUCGCUGCUUGGAUUUGUGGCUGGCUCUACGUCGUCGGCAAUGUCACCAUCACUUUGGCUGUCAAUUUUGGUACUGCCACGUUCCUCGUCGCGUGUAUCAACGUUUUCGAAACAUCCGAAGGAGAACCAGUCUUUGCCGGAGAGGCCUACCAAGUCUUCCUCAUCUUCUUGGGAAUCACAUUGCUGUGUAAUGCAGUGUCUUCUCUCUGCAACAAGUGGCUCCCCCUUCUUGAUACUUUUGCCAUCUUCUGGACCCUAGCUGGUGUUAUUGCCAUCAUGGUCUGCGUUCUCGCCAUAGCAAAGAAUGGCUACCGAUCUGCCGAAUUCGUUUUCACACACUUCGAAGUCAGUUCUGGAUGGAUUCCUGGAUGGUCUUUCAUGAUUGGUCUUUUGCAAGCAGCAUAUGCUACUUCAUCCACUGGCAUGAUCAUCUCGAUGUGUGAAGAAGUACGAGCACCUGCUACCCAAGUCCCCAAGGCCAUGGUCCUCACCGUCUGCCUCAACACGAUUGCCGGCUUCAUGUUUAUGAUCCCCCUCGUCUUCGUCCUUCCCGAUAUUAGCGAGCUCGUUGCGCUGGCCUCUGGCCAACCGGUUCCCACCAUCAUUAAGAGUGCGGUUGGUUCACCUGGAGGCACGUUUGCUCUCUUGAUCCCACUCAUUAUUUUGGCACUUAUCUGCGGUAUUGGCUGCACCACUGCUGCGUCCCGCUGCAUCUGGGCCUUUGCACGCGAUGGUGCCAUUCCUGGAUCUGGUCUGUGGAAGGUGGUCCACCCCAAGCUCGAUGUUCCCGUGAACGCAAUGAUGCUGAGCAUGGUUGUCCAAAUUAUCCUUGGCGUCAUCUACUUUGGAUCGUCUGCCGCUUUCAAUGCCUUUUCGGGUGUUGGUGUCAUUGCCUUGACAACUGCCUAUGCUGUUCCCAUUGCUGUCAGUCUGAUUGACCGCCGCGAGACUAUCAAGACUGGCAGCUUCUACAUGGGCAAGUUUGGAUUGGUUUGCAACAUUAUCUCACUAUGUUGGUCUCUUCUCGCCAUCCCGCUCUUUUGCAUGCCAUCCUACAUUCCGGUAGAUGCUGCAACCAUGAACUACGCCUCGGUCGUGUUCGUUGCGUUUACGGCCAUUUCCAUCAUCUGGUACGUUGCCUGGGGCCGCAAGCACUACAAGGGCCCGCCGACUUGA